CUCAGCCGCCGCCGCUGCUGCCGCGGACGCUUCUUCUGCCGGGGGCUCCGCGCGCCCGAGUCCGGGGCCGAGAGGGGGCAGCGCGGACGGGCAGGAGCCGAGCGGAGCGGAGCCCGUCCGAGCGGAGAGCACAAUGGCUGACAACACAAGUAAACUCACCAAGCAUGUGAACAAAACACCUCCAAGGUCUCCUGCAGAUUCCGCAAAAGAAAAAGCAGCCAAAAGGUUAUCCUGCGACUCAAACAGCUCCCACGACGGGGCCAGUGGGCCAGAGCUAAGCGCUCUUGAAGAGGCUUUCAGAAAAUUUGCUAUCCACGGGGAUACAAGAGCCACGGGGAAAGAGAUGCAUGGGAAAAACUGGUCCAAGUUGUGUAAGGAUUGCCACGUGAUUGAUAGCAAGAACGUGACUCUCACCGAUGUUGACAUCGUCUUCAGCAAGAUCAAGGGGAAAUCCAGGACAAUUACUUUUGAGCAGUUCAAGGAAGCACUUCAGGAGCUGUCCAAGAAGCGUUUCAAAGACAAGAGCAACGAGGAAGCGGUGCAAGAAAUGCACAAGCUCAUUGAAGGGAAGGCCCCCGUCAUAGCUGGAGUCACGAAAGCCAUUUCAUCUCCAACUGUCUCACGGCUUACAGACACAACACGUUUCACUGGUUCCCAUAAAGAGAGAUUUGAUCCCACUGGGAAAGGCAAAGGCAAAGCAGGACGUGAAGAUCUGGUGGAUACGUCUGGCUAUGUAUCUGGGUAUAAGCAUGCUGGCACAUACGAUCAGAAAGUGCAAGGAAGCAAGUAAGCCUGAAGGUUCAAAGCCAGAAGGUUCACCUGUGAGGGGUGAGCAAGACGAGCCUCACCUGUUGCUGUAAAUGCCAAAAAGACUAUGUUGGAAAGCUGUCUUGUAGGAUCCACUUUUGACAUCGACUGAGACUCUUGCAGUGAAGCACCACUUCAUUACAUUCCUCAUGCUUUAUGGCAGUGAAAAGGAAGCAGCAGAGCAGUUUGAUCAAGAAACCACACCAAGGGCUCUCUCACCACACCUCGUCUGUACUGGUAGCAGAUCGCAAACAUUCCUAUAUGCCUAAUUCUCUGUCUUGUUCUGCUGUCUUUUUUUCUACAGUGGAGGCGACAUGUGCUAGUAGCUUUGCUAAAAAGAAUCCAAUUGCUCAAUUUGAUUAUUUGUUACUGAACAAUGUCUUAAUAUGGAACAGAUGCACCUCAAACGUAAGAAUUCAGCCUUUAACUGAAGGGAAUUAAAUGGCUAUUGACUUUUAUUUUAUUUUUGAAAAGGUGCUAUCCUGUAAAAGCCAAUACAUUGAUUUCAACCAUUUGCGAACAAGAGCAGAAACAAUAAUUUAAAGCAACUUUCCCCCUCCAUUAGUAGAAAACUGAGACUCCACUUGUCCCUGUUCUCAAAGAAAAGGGAAAUUGCAGCUCUCUCUCCUGGCCUCCGCAAAUUUUCUUUAAAGAAAAACAAAAAACAAAACACUAUGUGUCAUUGAAGUUAUGUAUUACUAUUUCUUUAAGAUUGCAACAAACAUGAAAUAUGGCAGUUCAAACCCCCACCCAAAUAUCUAUUUGAAAUACUACCAGUUGAAAUUAUCUACUUUGUCUGGAUCAUUACCUUAAACAACAUUUUGAUUCAUUAUGUUGGUUAAAUAGUUCCAGAAUAAAGGAAAUUUGUUGUUUUCUUGUUCACUCAGUGUAAAGCAGACAUAAUUUAAUUGUCAGAUUGUUUGCUGAUGGAAAACAAAGGUAGAAAAGAUUAAAUACAGAUUCGUUGUUUUACAAAUGAUGUCAUCAACCAUCAUGUUCCAGUGAGCCACAGUCUAAAUAGUGCUGAAAUGUUGCUUCUUUUAAGUGAGAAAAAGGAUAUAAUUAACAUAUUUCCUGAAAAAGGACAACAUACGUAAUGUAUUUAUUUAUUUGAAAGAUUUCUAUGCGUGUAUGCUGAAGAGUAACUGUCUAGUCAAUAAGGUGA